AUGAUCCACCAGCCGUCGGGCGGCUACUUCGGCCAGGCCAGCGACAUCGCCAUCCAUGCCAAGGAGAUCCUGCGGGUGCGCGGCCAGCUCAACCGCAUCUACGAGCGCCAUCUGACGGGCACGAAAGAUAAGAAGAUGCAGCUGGAUGAGAUCGAGAAGCUGAUGGAGCGGGAUUACUUCAUGGGUGCGCACGAGGCGCUCGAGUUGGGCAUCGUCGAUGAGAUUCUGGAUCGGAGGUGGGAGAAGGUCUACUCUACUCGCAUACCCAAUCAGGGCGCCCGGCUGAAGAAGGAAGAAAUACCCGGAUCAGAGAAUUCGAUGCUCGAUUUCGGUGCAUGA